CCCCCUCCCACCUACUAGACCUGCAGCCUGCGACACAGUUGGUUGAGCUUCUUCUUGCAGUGGAUAGUAAGAUGGGGAGGUCCCCUUGCUGCGACGAGCUGGUCGGGCUGAAGAAGGGGCCGUGGACGCCGGAGGAGGACGAGAAGCUGGUCGGGUACAUUCAAGAGCACGGCCACGGGAGCUGGCGGAGCCUCCCAAAAAAAGCCGGCUUGAAUCGGUGCGGAAAGAGCUGUCGCCUACGAUGGACCAACUACCUUCGUCCCGACAUCAAGCGAGGCCACUUCUCGGCGGAGGAAGAAAAGAUGAUCAUCCAACUCCACUCCAUCCUGGGGAACAAGUGGUCUAUGAUCUCAAAGGGGUUACCGGGGAGGACGGACAAUGAAAUCAAGAACUAUUGGAACACUCACCUCAAGAAGAAGCUCCUCCUCAUGGGAAUCGACCCCGUGACCCAUCGACAGCGAACCGACGCCCUCGCUUUUGUUCCUAACUGGAAUUACAAUAAUGCCCUCAGGCUUCAAGACGAUGCUCUGCGUUCAGUGAGGCUCCAGCUCCUCCAAACGCUACUUAUCCAAGCUACGACUGCAACGGCCACCACGACGUCGACGACGGCCAACUUUGCCGACCACUACAGUACUACUUCAUCGGGUUAUGAACUCGAUGAUAUAUCUCCGACAAACUUCACUUUCCCUAAUCUGUUUCAGGAUCGAAAUUUCAAUCCCAUUACUACUCCUCCUCCUCCUCUCUCGGAUUUGUCUCCUAUUAAUCUCCCUGCUCAAAAGUUGCAUUUUUCUACUUGCGAUGAUCAAGAACAAAAAGUCGCAGCCAGCAGUUUUGAUGAUUUUACAGCAGAUUUAAUCGUCAACUCACCCAACUUUCACCCAUGUGGAGAAUUAAACCUUAAUGGAGAAUAUGCUGGCGAUGAGAGUACGUUGAGUUGGAAGGAUAUUUUAGAGCAAAUUUCGUGGACAGAAUGAAUUAUGAAAGACCAAGAGCUAGCUAGCUAGUUGCAUGCAAU